AUGGGCGCCAUUCAAUCCUUCCUCGCGGCUGAUCUUCUCCCGCAUCCUCCGCACCAACACCGGUCGUAUGAGCCAGUCGAGGCCUAUUGCAGAAUGUUGGAAACACUCAUCCAAAAACGGUAUCAGGAAGCUCUGACAUACUGCACACCGGCAACAUCGCAGCCCUGCCGCCGUAUCUACCGUAACUGGCACCCGGACGAUCAGCAGCGUAAGGAGAAGCAACUCGAACACAUCCAAAGCCGGUUCUUGCUUUCCUACCCUGCUGAAAAAUACAACCUUGUCCGGGACGACGACCAUUCGCCGGUCGUCAACCCCUUCUUCAACCUUUCAGGCCUCUUCUUCUGUGCGACAGGCUCGCCCAUGGACAGCGAACUCGAUCCGACCGGUGCUGGCGCUGGAGGACCCGUCGCGACGUCACCCUACGGAAAGACGCGAUUCCAGGUUGAGUUUGGACAGCUCCAGCGGGUCCUAUUCCCCAACUUCAAGCUCUACUUUGCGGACCACUACAGGGUUGUCGGCGACUGGUACAUUCAACUGAUUGUCGUGCCAAGUUGGAACGCCAAGCUGGAGGAGCAGUGUGUGCAACAGGGCAUGAUCGAGCUCGACAUCCAGAACAACCCAUUCUUUUACAGGGCGGACGAUGGGCAGUACUGGGUCAGCAACAGCCCCAAGCUCUGGAUGGAACUCUUUAUCGGAUGCGACACCAUCCCAACGACAGAUCUGGGCGAGGUGGUCGAGAGCCGUCUGCACGAAAAGGUUCGCAAGACGAGGAACCGCCUUUCGGAACAGGAGGAACGUGAGCGACAUGCGCGGGUGAUUGAGAACGUCGCAAGGGAUCUGGUCAAGCUUGCAGAGGGACUCCGGCAAGGUUUGGGACCCAUGGAUCCCGAGCUCGUCGACCUGACCUAUGGACUAUCUAUGUCGCGUACCCAACUCGGUGUUAUGCAAGCCGGACCCCAAACCGUCGGACCAGCAGAGCACGAGCCAAAGGAGAUUUCACGCGAAGAGUGA